AUGAGAAUACGGAAGCACGCCAAGAUUUCUCCAUUGGUAUAUGCUGCAUCUUCAUUGAAACCAGGGACUUUGCUUCAGACCCAUGUUUGUCAGCUGAAUCAGUCACCUUGGGAUGUUCUGAGUUUUUUGCCGCCAACAACUCCUCCACCACCACUGCCUCCGCCGUCGUUCCAGGUAAAUGGAAAUGACGAUUUUGAUAGAAAUGGGAGCUUGAUAGAAUCUAUGACAGCUUUUGAGAGUGCUGCGUCCAUGAAAAUGGCUGCGGAUGACUUGGAGAUCGAGGAUAUGAAAUGGGUUUAUUCAGAUAGUGGCGGCAUCAAGGUCGAUGCCGCCAUCGGCAAGGCGGAGGAAGUGGCAACUAAGAAAGACAAGGAGAUUGGCUUUUGCUGCAAAACUGAUGGGAAGGGAUGGAAAUGCAAGAGGAAGGCUGCGGAAGGGAACUCCUUAUGCGAACACCAUUCAUCUCUAGUACGGAAUUACAAUAAUUGGGCUGCACCGGCAGCCAAGAAAGUCGAUAGGGUGGUGGCUGACUCUCCCUCUUGGACGGAGGAAAGAAGGGACUUCAACAGGUUCUGUUUGUUUGUAUUGAGCAGUGAGUUUACUGCAGAAGGUUGCUGA